AAAUUGCAAUUCCUCUGUUAUUGUUUUGCAGAAAAGAAACAUUCACAGAAUCACGACUUCAGAAAGAAGCAACGAGCAAUUGGAUGAUUGAGUAUUGACCUCUCGCGUGAUUACAGUCUCCCUAAUUCGCUCUCGUUCCCUUUAAUUUUCCCGUUCCGUUUCUGCCACUACGGACCUUCCAACCGAUAACUCCAAAUCUGCAUGGUAAAUUUCGUAGUUAAGUUAAAGUUUUUAGGCUAGAAAAGUCAUUUCAUCUUCUUCCAUUAAAAAUAAUAUAAAGUACAGCUGGGCGGACGUAAUAAUUCUUCUUUUUAUAAAUCCCAUUCUCAGGAGAGCCCGUGGGUGACCCUUAAAGCAACUUACUAAACAGUUCAACCGGAGAGUGCCGAAUGGGAAAAAGAAGGCGCGUGAGAAGGUGAAAUGCAGAAUGCAAGGCGGUGGGGCCUGCUAUGUAUAUAAUUCAUGUCCGUUUUACGAAGAGAGUGUUGCCUCUUUUUCUAACUUUUGCAUUCUGUUCCCUCCCAAUUUUCUCUCUCUUUCUGACCUAAUUCUCUUUAUUUAUUAAUCAACAAUACCACCAAAUUUACCUCUUAUUCUAAAUCUAGAGAAGAUCCAUCCAAAUCCAAUCCAAUAGCUUGUAUUUUUUCAUAUACAAAAUAUCACCCCCACCAGUUUUUUUUUUUUGUUUAUUUUGUUUUGUGUUUCUCCUAGCUAGGGGUGAUAACGAUAAACGAAGGCUCAUCAAAGGAAAGGGUGGAGAAGCCAGAGGAGAUCAUAACUAAGUUGCUUCUGUUUAUUAGUUUGAGAAUAGUGAUCAAACAAGAAGAAAAAAGAUGACUCCAGCUAAUUUGGCAGGUCAGUUUGGUGACACCACUUAUACUAAGGUGUUUGUAGGAGGGCUGGCAUGGGAGACUCAGAAGGAUACCAUGAAGAAGUACUUUGAGCAGUUUGGUGAGAUCCUGGAGGCUGUCGUCAUCACUGAUAAGGCCACUGGCAGAUCUAAAGGCUAUGGAUUUGUGACGUUUCGUGAACCGGAAGCGGCAAUGAAAGCUUGCGUUGAUGCUGCUCCUGUGAUCGAUGGGAGAAGGGCUAAUUGCAAUCUUGCCUCUUUGGGUGUUCAAAGAUCCAAACCUUCUACUCCAAACCAUGGAGGAACAGGAAGGAAUUUUAGGGUAAUGAGCUCUUUUCGGACAGGGUUUGGGGGUGGAGUCGGAACAGGAACAGCUUUUGCUUCGGCUGCAACCUUCCCUCAUUAUGCCAUCCAACAAGGGAUUUCUUAUAAUAUUUAUGGGUACUCUCCAUACUCGCCAGAUUACUCUAAUUACCCCACGAGCUACUAUAACGUGUAUGGAGGGGCCACUGCCCAGUAUGCAGUGUAUGGUGCUGGCCCUGGUGGGUUGAUGACUGGUGCAGGAACAACAUUCUACCCAUAUCUUCAAUUUGGAGAAGGAUCGGGUGGAACCACCGGCUACUCUUCUGGCCAGGGAUAUGGUAUCCAGUAUCCACACCACCUUUUUCAGUACUCGGCCAUUAACUCAACUGGGAGUUACCCACAGCACUAUGGUGCACCCAUGUCUCUUGCACCUACUCCACCUUUGCAAUCAGUGUGUUUUGCUGUGCCACAGGCGUGACCAUGGCUCUUCAUGCCCCGGGAAUCCCUCAUCCUUAAGAGACUCAUGAUUCCAAGCUAGCUACUUCACAUUCCUUCAGCUGCUCUAAAGUCUCAACCUUUGGCCUAACCAUGGCUCUCUUUCUCCCUCUGUCUCUCUAUCUAACUCAAAGCCCAUGCUUGGCAUCUGGGCAUUGGCACACACACAAAAAGCCCUCCAUAGGGGCCAUAAAUCACCUCCGAAAUUGGAGAAUCAUGCAUGUUUUUUGCAUUGCAUCUUUGUCAAACUAGGGUUCCUUAAAGAGAACCAAGGCAUUUUUUUAUCUAAAUACCAAACUCAGCUACUGGAUCAGGUAAUUAGUUGGGAAACUUUUGGUACCAUCGGCCCAGGAAAGGCUAAUUAAAACAGAUUUUUGUGACUUAUUUUAGCCUAGGCAAGGCUAAUAAACGAAAAUGGUUUGCAAAAACUGUAAAUUCAACAACAAAAAGCAAGCCUCUCAUCUUCAAACUUUAGUCUUUUAAAUGGCUAAUCCCUCAAAUUUUGGCUAAUCAGCUCUUGAAAAUGAGGCAGUUUUAGCAAAAAUUACGGGCACUGUGUGCCCCAAGGUUUUUUGUGCAUUAACAUCCAGUGUUUAGGGUUUAAAAACUAGCUAGGACCAUAUAGUAAUAUUUUUAUAAAUGCUUUUACCAAUUACAUCAUCACUUCAGAUCUUAUUCUAAUUAAUAUGUACUCUAAAACAAACACCAUAUCUUCCCUUAGGGAAAGGGAAGAUAAUGUUUACUAACAUGUUUCUUGUAAAUUCCUUGUGGCUAAACUUUGGAAGUGUUAGCCCCCUUUUCAUUAAAUAAUAGAAGGGUUAGUGUGUUUGUGUUUUGCAUUUAGCAUUUGUAAUAUUAAUUUCAUCGAUCAUGAAAACAACUCCAUGAAUGGAUGUGGAGCUCAAAGCAUUUGCAUGUAACCCAGGGAGAUAUUUUGGUUCCAUAGGGUUCUAAUUCUCUUCUAACAUACCAACCAUGGUUAGGACAUAGGUAAUCCUCAUCACCCUCUCUCUGUCUCUUGAAGUUCUUUCACUUGGAGAUGAACUUGUUACUCUUUUAUAUAUGUAUAUAUGUAUAAUUCUAUGGUUUGGAUUGUAAGUAGGGAUAUAUGGAUGCUACUUAGAAGAUGAUUCAUUCUCAUUCUCCAUCCAUGAUAUGGUUUGAGAAUGGGUAUAUAUAUGCUACUUACUACUACAUAUGCUUUAAUUCAGACUCUUAUGUUACUUCUACUAAUCUUUUGUCCUUGAUCACCAAACUAUGAUGUGCUAAAGUUCACAUUUGUUUGCAUUUAUUAUUAUCUUUUUUCUGCUGAAAUUAUAACUAGUUCAGUCUGGCUAAUAUUUCUUUUGAAUUCAAUUCUUUUUACAACAUAAAUUAGUGCCUAAAUCUAAUCUAUCCUUAAAAAAUUGCUCGAUUUAAUCUAAAAAGGUAACUCAAUUAUCCAAUUAAUUCAAACAAAAAAAAAAAGAGAAUUUUUAAAGAUGGGAUCAAGGCUCCAUUUCAUCCUUGGAAAAUUAAAAAAGAAUAUUUCUCCAAAUCUUUUUUUUUUUUUUUUU